UUAAUUUUUAUAUGAUACACGUAAGGGUUACAGCGAUCUGACGCGAUAACGGACAAUCCGAUAUCGCAAGCAUACGGUACAUGUCGGACCGCUGUAUUCUCUAUUUUGCGACUUGUACUUUAUAAAAAGAACAAAUAUGACUGUCAAAUUGAAUCUGAAGAAUAUAAAAGACAAACUGAAAGACAAUAGUCUGGACCUUAGUUUAUGCGAACUGAAAGAAGUACCUGUACGAGAAAUUGCAUCUGUCAGAAAAGCCACAGAUGUAAAUUUGUCGACCAACCUUCUGGUUUCAUUGCCGACUACUUUUGUUACUUUGAGACAAAUUGUGAAGUUAGAUCUUAGUAGGAACAUGUUGACUGAACUGCCUGAAAAUUUCGGUGAAAUGACGCAAUUAAAAUAUCUGGACUUAUACGCUAAUCAGAUCAGCAGACUACCAUUAAGUCUAAGCGAAUUAAAGAACCUAAGAUGGUUGGAUUUGAAAGAAAAUCCCUUGACUGAGGCUGUAGCAAGUGUAGCGGGACCAUGUAGCAAUUUGAGCGAGUGUCAAGCUUGCGCUCGUAAUGUUGUUAACUAUUUGUCCACUGUUAAACUCCUGAUAGAAGAAGAGAAAUUGCGAAGAUUAAAUAAUACCACAGGCGAGACAGAAAAAGAAGUAACAGCUGCAAAGAAGGAGAAUAAGAAGAAGAAGAAAAGGGAUUCGGAAAAGGAACACAAGACCAGUUCAGGUAAAAUUGGAGCUUCGACACAAAACAAAGACUUGCAGGACAAUAAUGAUAAUAUAAGAUUGACAGAAUUGUCUGAUAAUAAUUCUAGACGCGAAUUGCAUAAAUUCACAGCUGAUGGUAAUUCGAGUACUAGAUUAUAUCGAUCUCUGAAGUGGAUGACUGUAUGGCUUUUCAUAAUUAGCUCACUGCUCACUAUAACACUAAUAGUUUUUUCAUGGCGCUACGAACAACAGACGGACACGUUUUUGCAAAACGCACAAAUGUUGUCGGGCCUACCAUUGAGACGUUAUCAUAAACACACCAUAGAUUUGUUGCAACGUAUAAUAGAUAUUACAGCUUUACAUGUGAAAUCUGUCACCGAUGUGAUAAAUGAUUUUUACGAAACGCAUUUUAAGAGUAAUACGAAUAACGCAAGGAACGAUUUAUAGAAUCGUUUAUUGAUAUAUAUCCAACGAGGUAAUAAAGUUGUAAAGAGUUAUCCAGAUUCAGAUAGAAUUUGCGCUUUUUAUAUAAA